UGCAUGGCGUACUGUAUCAUCAUUUCGGCACCUUUCUUGCCGGAACAAGCGGAUGGUGGCAGCCUGAUCCUGCUUAGUUGUAGUGGCGGCUUAAGGAAACUGGUUCCAUCUUGAAGUACUGGCUGGAUACCUUGUCUCGUGUUACAUGUAACGUCGUUUGGUGGCAGGGCUGAGAGACAGAAAUUCCCCUUCUAUAUAGCAGCAUCAGUUUCUCACAGCUUGGAAUUUGUUAGCAACUUGUACAGUUUUUUCACCAGUCCGUGAACAGGGAGGCAAGGCCAGGAUUUUUCAUGUAACAUGUUUGAGUGCGUCCCAAAACCUGGUGGGGGUGGGAAAGGGGGGGUUGCAUUGUUUUUUUCAUAUGCGAUGUUGCGGCAGUCAGCACGAAUGCCGCGGUACAUGCGCCCAAGACUCCGCCACAUAGAGUUACAGGCUGUAAAAUUACUGGUGUUCAUCAGACAUAGAUUGCAUCACUGAAGUAUGAAGAGUAUGUAGGGGGGCACUUUGCAGCAACUGGCAUUUAGUUACUUUGAAACGUACUUUUUAUUGCAACGUGUAGAGAACCAGAAAUUUCGGUUAGUGCGGAAACGGAUGGGGUUGGCAUGAACUUCUAGAGUUCUGUGUGGUAGAUUCCGGUUCCCACCAGACGACGAAAGCCCGUUGGAGGCAUUUGCCGUCUUUUGCGAUGUUUCGGACACCAGGACGUGGAGUUGAGACCGGUGUCGUGUGGUACACAGCGGGAACAACAAAUGCCGUUUGGUGGAAGCCUGUAAUGUCGUGACUACGUGCUUCCGGCACGUCAGGUGGUGGUGCACACAGGAAUGAGAUGAAGGGAACGUAUCAACAGAGCUCUGAAGCGAAAGAACGAACGAUCUGUGUAGCUGAUGGCAACCCGCCGUUUGGGGUUGCACUACAGUGGACAGCAGUGAUGUCUCAUAUAGUCACUUCGAAGUAAGGAAAGAGUAAUGUGAGUUUUUCCUCAAAGCCGUUGUAUAUGCUUGCACCAGUACACGAUAAGGUCGAGGAACAUGAAAAAUCGUUGGGUAGUCGGUCGAGGCAUUCUUUCGGAGCACCGGCGACGCGCAAGAGUAUCAGUGUGGUACAAGCGAUAGAGGCAAAAACGUCACCUCGAAAAAGAGACCGUUUCUGCUGCACUUGAGCAUGGCCCCCUGGAAGCGUUUGUUGCCAUGAUGUCAACUCAACGCUUACGCCGUCUGUACACAGGAGCUGGCACCGUUGGCGCCGCGGCUGCUGAACAAGAGUUUGAAUUCGAUGUGUUGCGGAUUUACUCACCCACAAAGUACAACGCCUCAGUACAUUUCGCGGAGAACCAGCUAGAUCAAAGUUCGACAAGCAUUUCACAACUUAUCUGAUUUCUUCCUUGCUAUGGCGGAAACGAUCGAGCUCCAUGAUGAUGCGGCUUUUGCGCCAACGCGCCCGGACAUGGAAUGCGCAUUGCAUGAGUGUAUGGGCAGAUGGGGCAACCUGAAAAUUAUGUUCGAGUUGGAGUGUCUUCUCCAAGAGAUGGAAAAAAGAAUCCAGGAAAUACAGGCAGAAAAGGCGAUGGAGGAACGGUGGGAAAUAGUCCGAACACACCUGUCGAAGCUGCAACACGAGAUAACUGAGGUCGAGCAGAAAAGAGCAGACGUCUCUCUCAAAACUCUACAACUUGACGAAAAAGCUUUGGAGAAGGAACACCAGGUUAAAUGUGCUUUUCGGCAGUUGAACCUGGGGUUAAAAGAGCAAGCUCUUUUACGGGAAAGACUACGAUCAGUACGUGGUUGACGUGCUUUUUGAACCGAUCGCUGUUGAUGUACCUUUUAACUCUACGAGUGCAGGUGAAGAACGUUGCUUCUGGCGGAAGAGGCCAGCCUUCGCAAGUGCAUGUGAGGCGGACCGCUUCUCUCACUCAAAUGGAUAACGCUAUGGCUA